AUGCCCAGCUACCCUGGCUGGAACCUGGACCUGCGCUGGACCGGCCCGCCUGACAAUCACCGCCGGUCUUCUCAGAACUGGGAUUAUCCAAAGGGCAUUCACUACAACUGCGUCGGCGCCCAAUCGCACAUGCUCCUCGUUCGUGAGGUGGCGAUGAUGCUGGUCAUGGACCGCCUGAGCGACAAGCCGAAUUGGAACGUCAAGAUCUUUGACGACGAGAUUGCGGAGAAGUGGAAGGCCGAAGCCCUCGCCUGGCCCGACGAAGACUUGUGGAAACGCAUCGCCAACAUCGAUCACGACAUGGAAUCACGAUGGAAGCCAAAAAUGUCGAGACACAUACUAAACAAGGAAUCUGUUGAUUAUGUAAAUGAAUUUUCUACCAUUGUGCCCUCAAACGCUCAAGCCUCAAAACCCUUGACCAUGAACGCCCCCGCUGACGACGAAAAGUGCAUCAAGGAAUUGCGCCACAAAGCGAGGCACUUUGAGCGCACCGGCAUCACCCCUACGCUUGAUGCGACCUUCAGCAUCGCCAAGUCGGAUGUCCUCGUCCCUCGCGAGCUGCACGUUGCUCUGCGGGAGGCCUUUGCCCAGCUGCAGGUCGACCAGGCUUCCAACCCGGACUGGCACCCCAACACUAACGAAACGGUUCAGGACCUGGUCCACCCUUCCAUGUACCCACUGGUGUACGGCCGCUCGCGCUUUAUCCCGGAGGAGGUCGUCGGCGUCGAGGACGCCGUGGACAAGUGGGCCGGCAAAGGCGACGUGAUCCCUCGACGUCCGGAAUUGGGCGAGGAGCCAGCAAGGGGGACACCACGCCAGUGGAGCCGGUGGAACGGGAAGGCUGACGUCGGGGUUGGCGGGUUGGGGAUUCACAAGUCCUACUGGUCCACCGUCUAUCAGUGGCUGCCGGCAAACGUCAAGUUCACGUCCGACGGCGGCGUGCGGUUCACAAGCUACAUCAACAACCUGCAUCCGACCAAGUACGGUCAUAUCUACACGGCCAUCGAAAAGCUCCUGGGAAUAGCCCUUCCCAUGUGGGACCAGUGCCUUGUACAGCUCAAAGGAUGGCAUAAGUACGGCGCCGGACGACUCGGGCCUCGCAUCAUUCCCGAUAACCCAGAUGACGAAAACCCGAGGAAUUGGGAUCCGAGAACGCCAGAGCAAAUGCUUACUAGGGAGGCCGCCGGGAAGCCUGUCAACGAAGCUGCCGCGGAAGCUGCCAUGGAGCCAAAGCAGGCGCCUGGCAAAGAAACAGACGGAUCCAGCAGUGAAGAAGAAAGUCAUUCUGACGAGGACUUCUCCUCCGAUGACGAAGACGACAGCGACUGGAGCCGGUGGAUGAAAAUACGCUGCCCCGUCCAACCAAACCCUCCCUCCUUUUCUGUGAGCAAAGUCAAGUACGCAGUGGAUCCAGCUCAGACGUUGCGAGAACGUUUCAAGGAAAUAGGCCUACAGGUCAUUAUCAAGAUGGCGUCCAUUGAGCUCACCCCGGAGAAGCCUGAGUUUGCCCCUGGCGGCUGGCACGUCGAGGGGAUGAUGAACGAGCAAAUUGCCGCCACGGCUCUCUACUAUCUAGAUUCGGAGAACAUCACUGACAGCCACCUCGAAUUUCGCGCUAUGACGGAGUCUGACCUUCACAUGGAGUUGCACGUCGGCCAGGACUCGUACCACUGGAUGGAGAGCGUCUUCGGCGCCAAGCUGGGUUCGGGCUCCGGCAGCGCCUGUGUGCAGAACUACGGCAGUGUGCUUACCCCGCAGGGCCGCCUGCUCGCCUUCCCCAACAUCUUUCAUCAUCGUGUUUCUGGCUUUCGGCUCGCCGAUCCGACCAAGCCGGGCCAUCGCCGGUUCAUCGCGCUCUGGCUGGUCGAUCCGUCGAUGCGCAUCGUCAGCACGGCCAAUGUCCCACCUCAACAGGCCGACUGGUGGGCCGAGCAGGCUCUUGGCACAAUCGUGCGGAAGAAGGACGAGGGAUCAUCGAACAUGCCGCCCGAGAUCUCUCAGCUGCUGGUUGAACAUGGCCUGGCCGGGAGACAGCUGGCCGAAGCGCUGACGGACCAAAAGCAUGGGAAUGCGAAGCUGCCGGCCGAGCUGCUGGACAUGGUGCGGAAGGAGCUAGGGAAAGGAUUGCCUAUGAGCCGCAAGGAGGCUGAAGAGCAUCGUAAGAAGCUGAUGGAAUCCCGGUCGGCUUUCCAGGAAAAUGCGAGGGAGAACUGGGAAUCGGCUGAGUAUAACUUCUGCGAGCAUUAG